GUGCAGCGGGCGGCUGUAGGGUUACCUACAGACUGCUCGUGACUGUCAGGCUUGAUCUGGCUUCCGUACGCAGUUUCGAAACACUUUUACUCUCGAGAAAUAAUGUGCCUGUUAGAAGAAAACACAGACAUAUUUUUCUGCGUUUUGAAAAUGCGAGGAAGGCUUUUCAUGACUUCGUACAGGCUACACGUGCACCACAACUAAAAGCUCUUCAGCAGUUUCCAGGGAUAGCUUGCAAUGGACCAAGACUCGCACUGCACAGCAGAAAGGGAACUGUUGGAAGCUGUAAGCAGGAUUACUACAUUUUCUACUGCAAGUCCAUCUGAUGAAGAACUAAAUCAACCCAAAGCUGAAAUUUCAUGUCAAGUGAGAAAAGAAAACCCAGAAAAAGAUGACCUGCAAGAUUCCAACGCAUCCCUAAGUCCCAACUCUUCGAUGACCACUAAGGAGCUUCAGGAAUACUGGAGGAAUGAAAAACGCCAGUGCAGACAAGUCAAACUCCUUUUUGAAAUCCCAUCAACCAGAGUUGUAGAGCACCACUUAUCAAAAUAUGUGAUGUAUAAAAUCAUCAUUUUGCAAACAGGGAGUUUUGACAGCAACAAGUCUGUAAUUGAACGGCGUUAUUCAGAUUUUGAAAAACUGCACAGAAAUCUGCUGGAGGAGUUUAGUGAAGAAAUGGAAGAUGUGACCUUUCCCAAAAAAACUCUAACAGGGAACUUCACAGAAGAAAUAAUCAAUGAGAGAAAAUUAGCCUUCAAGGACUACCUGAGACUUCUAUAUUCUAUGAAAUAUAUCCGAAGAUCAAAAAAAUUUAUUGACUUUUUAACAAGGCCGGAGCUUCAGGAAGCAUAUGGCUGCCUGCGGGGUGGCCAAUACACCAAAGCUUUGGAAAUCCUUUUAGAAGUCAUUGGUCUGCAGGAAAGGCUGACGAGAGGCAACCCUGUCUCAAUUGUCCCUACUCUCUGUGCUAUCGUGGUGUGCCACAAGGACCUGGAAAACCCUGCAAGUGCUUUUGAAUAUGGAGAAAAAGCUCUAUCAUGCCUUUGUGUGCAUACCAGCCACAGGUAUUAUACUCCAUUGCUAGAAACAAUGAUCAGUUUGGCAUAUGAACUUGGCAAGGAUUUUCUGUCUUUGCAAGAAAAACUGGAAGAAUGGAAGGCAAAAAAAGAUCCUGUACGGGUUUUUACCUUGAAAGAACUUGCAGUUCGGGAGUAUGUACAAUGAACACAGGAAACAACUUCAUUAAAGAGAAAAGCUGUCAGCUCCUUUUCCCAAAGACAAGCUCUUGAAAGAGUAAGAACUGGAAAUUACCUAUUUGGCUAACAUAACUUUAUAUUAACAGAAAAAAAUUAAGUAUCUUCCAUGUUCGAAAGGGACAUUAACAUUUAUGUUGGAAAAUAUUAUAUUUGCUCUACAGAUAUGAGGAGUACCUAAGCUUAUUAAGGUUUUUGGAAGGAAAUUUGCAACAAAAAAUUAUUUAUGAUUUGCUUACUUUGAACAUAGCCUAUUUUGUGUGAAAAGUCAGAAUAGGAAAAUACAAUGAAUAAAGCACUUAAGAAUCUGCAGAAUCAGAGGCAUUGCUGGUUCAUGUGGGAACUACUUCCUUUCGAGAAGAGAAAUAUCUUCCCAGUCAAUGCAAUCUAAAGGAUGCAUCUUCAGUCACUGAAUGUAGUUUUUUACUCCUCCAGCUGAAGCCUGGUCAAACAGUGCUUUGCCAUUUCUGAGAAUGACAGGAUUGGUCCUGUUCCCGCUGAAGUCAGCUGCUGUGGGCAGGAGGACCUGGGCAGAAGGUUUACAAUCUGCUUUGGUGGGAGCAAAAAAUACAAGUGAUGAUCAUUCCAUCAGAGAUGAGGGAAUAUGCUUCAUUUCCCUUUUGUAGCUGCUACAGUUCUAUGACUUGCAUUGAAGGCACAUUCUUGUUUGGGGUGAUCUUUAAGUACAGCUCUGACUGGGGUAGAAAAUUCAUACCAUGUGCACUAUAUACAUAAUGGAAAGGAACCACAGAAGGGUGCUGUUGGGGAGAACAUCUGGUUAAUAUAAUGCUAGCAUUUAAUUCUGAUUAUCAAGCUGUGAGACACAUGGUUAACAGACAGUCUGUGUUAAGCAUGUGCUUCCCUGUUGCCUUUCAGAGGUUUAUGUAAAUUGGGCAUUGCCUUAGUUUUACAGCCUGGUACACAACACAAAUAUCUUCUUGGUGGCACUGCAAUAUUAUAGUUGAUUCUUUCAGGGAUCCAACCCACAUAUACAAAUACUAAACUUUUCUUGGCCCUAACACUCCUGUGAAAGCUUCCUAAGAGCUGAAAAAGUCUCUAUUUACCUGCUUCUGUAAUUUCCCUCAACUCUAUUCUCCCAUACACUUAUUUUAAUAAUCUGGUAAAUUAAUUCUCAUAAAUAUUGUAAUUAACAUGUUAUGCUAGCAUUGGUCAUUGUUCUCCGCUGAACAUAGUCCACCAAGUACCUUCAGGCCUGUACUCCAGGUACAGAUUCUACAUGCACCAUAAUGACACUGUCUAUAAAUUAGGAAUAACUGUAUUAACUUACCUCCCAGACACAUAAAAGAAUAAGCUAAUUGAAAGUGCACUGAACCUGAAAAACAUCGCUGUGCAUUGUUACAAGAAGGAUGGCUUGGAAAAAAUACAGAAUAAUAGGAGUGUCUAGGGUGUAAAGUUAAUAUUUUAAGUAGCUAUUAACAGCUAGGCAUUAAACACAAAAUAUGUGGAUUUUUGUUAUUUGACAAUUAUUAUUUUUUCUAGUUAUACCAGAAGUAAGAGAAUUAAGAGUAAUUAAUUAAGAGAGUUAAGAACUAAUCUUCCCACAACUUACCAUAUUGCAGGACAGUGAAAAUGGAUCAAAGGUAACACCUUCUUAGAGGAUCAUGUCUGAAUCGGUAACAAAGUGGUGAAGAAGAAAGCAUGUCUGGGGUCUGCAUCACACUCAGGUGACUUGAACUUAACGCAGAAAGGAAGCGUGGCCAUCACACUGCUAUAUCUCCACAGCAGUUUGUGGUGAAAGACCAAAAGGAUAGGGAAAAAUAAUUUCCCCCCUUUGACCCCUCCCAUCAUUGUGUGCAUUGUCCCAGGCACAGCUGCCUUGGAUUCUCCUCAGGUUCCUAUGGGACUGUACCUGAGUAGCUAAUUGUGUCCACAGACCCCUCAUCUUACAGCUGACUACAAGAUUAGAGGGUCCACAAGUACUUGCUGUCCAGCAAGGAUGAGUAGCAGAAAAGCAGCACAUCGGAGAGAUCUUACUUAACCUUUACUUGUAGUAAUGCUACAACUUUCCGUUUCUGAAGGAUUAACUAAUCCAAAGCUAACCAAUUUUUGUUGGCAUGGCAGUGCACAUUAGGAAUAUGAGGAGGUGCAAUUUGGCCAAGAGAAAAAUGUACAUAAUUCUAAAGGCACUAAAAUAAACAGUGCCAAACCCCCCCACUGUUUUGUUGGUGUAAGCCAAUUUUUUUCUGAGAAUGCUUUUCAUA